GGCACCGAAUGAACCAAACCAACCACCUCUUUUCCCACGGCGGCCCCACCCGUCCCUGCCUCCAGUCAGUCUCCGUCCUUCCAGAAGGCCGCCGGAGUAGACGCGCUCCGGCCACUCCCCCUCAGAUCCCGCCGCCGCGCCCCAGCCCCCAUUGCCGCGGGGUUGCACUGGACUUGCAUAUGACCGGCAACAUGUUGCCUCAGUGAUAUCCAGGCAUGAUUUGGGUACUGUUCAUAAUGCAGUUGGCUUCUCAUGGCACCCGAGAUGAAGAAGGAAUGCAGCUGGUGCCCCGUUGUGAUCAGGAAGAAGUGUCAGAUUCGCAGGAGAUAUUUUCACAAUCUGACACCGCAGGAAGCUCCACCGAGUAUCUGGGCUCAUGUGAAAUUAAGCCAUUAAUUGUUGAGGAUGAAGAUCACAAUAUCGAUGAGAGUGAAGAAACCCAUCUUGUCAUUCAAGACUUUCCACAAUGCCGGAUUUGCCUUGAUAAUGAAGGUGAUGACUUAAUUGCACCAUGCAACUGCAAGGGCACACAAAAGUAUGUCCACAGGUCCUGUCUUGAUAACUGGAGAUCAACAAAGGAAGGUUUUGCAUUUUCACAUUGCACUGAGUGUCGGGCAGCAUUCUUACUUCGUGCAAAUGUUCCUCCAGAUCGAUGGUGGCUAAGGCUCAAGUUUCAACUUCUGGUUGCUAGAGAUCACACAUUGAUCUUUUUCACUGUACAACUGGUUGUUGUUUUAUUGGGUAUGCUGGUAUACAGAUUUUAUGGAGAUGAGCUGCGAGAAAUGUUUGGCUAUGAACAGCAUCCUUAUGCUUUUUAUGCAUUGGCAAUACUGGCUGUUAUUUUGGUUGGUUUGCUAUAUGGAUUCUUCAUAGCUAUUAUAUGUGGACAGAGGAUCACUGAACGGCACUACCAUGUUCUUGCAAAGCAAGAGUUAACCAAGGAGUAUAUCGUAGAGGAUCUUGAAGGAGCUGAUCCAGUGGCAGACCUUGAUCCUAGCCAUGUUACGGAGCUGAGGACGCUGGGGCUCUAUUGAGCAUAGCCGCAUAUAGCAUCAGGUUGGCAGUUUAAGUUGCUGUUGAUUUACAGCAUUCUCUUAGUCGUUAUGGGUGCACUCUCUACUCGUCUAGAAAUCACUCUUCGCAGCUUGCAGAAGUAUAUGUAACAGCUCGUACAAAACGCUGUAACAAACAUCCCCUUCCACGGUUCAAAUUUCAUAAUGGCCAUUCCAUUAUCACACAAAAAAUGCCCCUUUUCGCUAUCAUUUCGUAAGCAGCUAGUACCGGGUUUCCAUAUCCCUUCCAGACCGCAAGGCCCUGAAAUCCUGCGCUCUGGGCGUUCCGUGCUGUGUCGCCGUGUAAUUUCGUUUGGGCUGAGCUGGGUGGUUCCUCCAAUCAAAUGGCAACGCCACUCUAUGCAUGGACCCCAUCCAUCCAUCUCUCCUUUUUCUUUUGUCCCUAAGGUUCUGAUCCCUCUUGAUCUUUCUCGUAUCCCCUCGGUU